CACAUUCAACAGUUGAACAAUCUCCAAUUGACUCUUUGGGCAUUAUAGCCGAGAGCCGAGAUCCAGCGACAGCGACGACAAGUUUUCCGCGCACACGGAAAGUCAAAAAGUUAAUGCCGAUCCGAGGCUCGCCAGUGAAUUAUAUAUCCAAAUCAGUGAUAACCGAUCUAUAUAAAUAACUGUUUAAGCCGCGUGUGUCUUGAAACAAACAACAGAAAAACAAAACACAAAUAACAAAUAACACAGAAAAUCGCGCUUAAACUUUUUCGAAAUUAAAUAAAACACACAUACACACGCGCGCGCACACACAGAUAUUAUUUGAGCCACGAAGAGGAAGAGAAGGCUGAAAAAAGCGAAAAAAUAUUCACAGCCAGCCGAGAGUGUGUGUGUGAGAUAGUGCGCGAGUAUGAGUUUUAGUAUCUGUGUGCCAGUCUCUCGGAGAGCGUGUGUGCUUUGAGUGUUCCGAGUUGUGCGAGUGUGUUCAAAGUGUGUGUGUGUGCGUGAGACGCCAUCAAAAAGCUGAGCGAACAGCGAAUAAUAAAAUUCAAAAUAAAAAUAGUGAUUAAUAACAGCAACAGCCACCACCAGCCCCAACAAAACACACAAGCUAACUAACGAGCGGGAAAAAGCGUGAAAACUAAAGUGUAUAAAAGUGAAUAAUACAAUAAACAAAGCAAAGAAAAAGCCCCCUUCCUCUGGCAUCUCUGCAACAUUGGCGAAAUGUUGCUAAAAUGCUGAGCCAAAAUGCACAAGCCGCCAAUGAUACAAGCAGCACCACUAGCACCAGCACAGGCCCAAGCACAACGACAGCAACAGCAGCAGCUCCACAUACCACAAAGAGUCGAGCAUUAGAAGCGGCCAAAAGCCAGGCAUUGUGCAAGCCAUAAGGCCCAGAGAGCCAGGCUAAAAGCCCCCAGACGCACAACAACAAUAACAGCAGCCGAAGCAGCACAAAGAGUGGCGAAAGGUGCACCCACCAGCAGCAGCCAGCAGCCAACAACCACGAACAACAUCGGCCCACCACCACCACCACCACCAUCACCAGCAACAACAUUUAAGAUCGGAUCCAGACAGCCUCCCGGACUCCACUAGCUAGCUAGCAGCUCCACAGUUACACAGUUCCAGCCCGCUCGAGUGCCAUAGAUCCUCACCAAGUGCCAAAAUCCGCAUCCUGAUCCGGACAAUACGGCCCAAAACUGAGCUGAGAACGAAGCGAAGGAAGUUCCUUAGUGCCAUAGAAUGCAGUAAUUGAAACAACGACACACCACACAACCAACAAGCAAGACGAAGAUCCAACCAAGAACCAACAAACCAUCAAAUCCAACCAAGAAACUAUCCAUCUGUAACUGGAGCAACCACGAACUACAACUACAACUACAACAACGAAGUGCCUUCCAUCAAUCCGUUGAUUAGUGAUAUUUAUUAUGUUUAUACUUGCCAGCAGCAGCAGCAACAGCAGCAGCAACUUGAACUUGAGCAACCUCCCAAGGACCGGGCAUCGAUGACCAGUCCACGACCAGUCCAUGACCAAGUCAUAGUGCAAUUCGGAAGCCAAGUCCAGGUUCAAGUCCAAGUCCAGUUCAAAUUAGUUCAGUAAGCAGAAGCAGCAGGAGCCACCAGCCACAGCAAAUAAUGUCCACAUCCACCGCCACAACGAGCGUCAUCACGUCCAACGAGCUCUCGCUGUCCCACGGCCAUUCGCACGGCCACAAUCACGCCCAUAAUCUUCACCAGCAUCAGCAGCACAGUCGCCUGGGCGUGGGUGUUGGUGUGGGUGUGGGUAUCCUAAGUGACGCCUCUCUGUCGCCCAUCCAGCAGGGCAGCGGAGGAAAUAACGGAGGAGGAGGAGGCGGCGGAGGAGGCAACAACAACAACAGCUCACCGCUGGCGCCCAACGGUGUGCCACUUCUGACCACAAUGCACCGAUCGCCGGAUUCACCACAGCCGGAAUUGGCCACCAUGACGAAUGUCAAUGUGCUGGACCUGCACACGGACAACUCCAAGCUGUACGACAAGGAGGCUGUCUUUAUCUACGAAACACCCAAGGUGGUGAUGCCACCUGAUGGCGGACCAGGUGGCGGAGGCGGCAGUAAUCCCGACGAGGGUCAUGCCAUCGAUGCCAGGAUUGCUGCCCAAAUGGGCAACCAACAGGCCCAACAGCAGCAGCAACAGCAGACGGAGCACCAGCCGCUGGCCAAGAUCGAGUUCGAUGAGAACCAGAUAAUCCGAGUCGUGGGUCCCAAUGGCGAGCAACAGCAGAUCAUCUCGCGGGAAAUCAUCAACGGGGAGCAUCACAUCCUGUCGCGGAAUGAGGCCGGCGAGCACAUCCUCACGCGAAUCGUCAGCGAUCCCUCCAAACUGAUGCCCAACGACAAUGCGGUGGCCACCGCCAUGUACAAUCAGGCCCAGAAGAUGAACAAUGACCAUGGUCAGGGUAAUGUCUAUCAGACCUCUCCCCUGCCCCUGGACGCCUCCGUGCUGCAUUACAGCGGUGGCAAUGACAGCAACGUGAUCAAGACGGAGGCGGACAUUUAUGAGGACCACAAAAAGCAUGCGGCUGCCGCGGCAGCAGCAGCAGCCGCCGCCGGAGGUGGGCCCAUCAUCUACACCACCUCCGAUCCCAAUGGGGUGGUCAAGCAGCUGCCCCACCUGUCCGUGCCCCAGAAACUCGAUCCGGAUCUGUAUCAGACUGACAAGCAUAUCGAUCUGAUCUACAACGACGGCAGCAAGACGGUUAUAUACUCCACCACGGAUCAGAAGGGUCUGGAGAUCUAUUCGGGCGGCGACAUAGGAAGCCUGGUGUCCGACGGUCAGGUCGUUGUCCAGGCUGGACUUCCUUAUGCCACCGCCACGGGCGCCGGCGGACAGCCUGUCUACAUAGUGGCCGAUGGCGCUCUGCCCGCUGGGGUGGAGGAGCAUUUGCAGAGCGGCAAGCUCAAUGGCCAGACCACGCCCAUCGAUGUCUCUGGAUUAUCACAAAACGAGAUUCAGGGCUUUCUCCUUGGCUCACAUCCCUCGUCCUCGGCGACGGUCACCACCACCGGCGUGGUCUCCACCACGACGAUCUCGCAUCAUCAGCAACAGCAGCAGCAACAACAGCAGCAACACCAGCAGCAGCAGCAGCAACAUCCCGGCGACAUUGUUAGUGCCGCUGGCGUUGGCAGCGCGGGCUCAAUUGUUUCCAGUGCAGUUCAGCAGCAGCAACAGCAACAGCAGCUAAUUAGCAUCAAGCGAGAGCCCGAGGACUUGCGCAAGGAUCCCAAGAAUGGCAACAUUGCCGGUGCAACGGCGGCCAAUGGAGCGGGCUCGGUCAUAACGCAAAAGAUCUUGCACGCAAGUGAAGCUGUUAGGCCCAGCACAACAACAUCGGAAGCAGGAUCUGGCUUGGGAGCCCCCGGAAGCAACACACCAUCACCACCUCUAGCAGCAGCACCACCACACUCCCCCAGCACCACAGCGAUGUAUGCGACCACGGGCGGCACACAGAUCUACCUACAGACCUCACAUCCCAGCGCGGCAAGCGGAGCAGGCGGUGGCGCCGGACCCGCUGGAGCUGCUGGCGGCGGCGGCGGUGGCGGAGGUGUCUCCCUGCAGGCUCAGAGCCCCAGUCCCGGUCCAUACAUAACGGCCAAUGAUUAUGGAAUGUAUACGGCCAGCCGGCUACCGCCAGGACCCCCGCCCACCAGCACCAGCACCUUCAUUGCGGAGCCCUCCUACUAUCGGGAGUACUUUGCGCCGGACGGUCAGGGUGGCUAUGUGCCGGCCAGCACGCGUUCCCUUUACGGUGAUGUGGAUGUGUCCGUGUCACAGCCCGGCGGAGUGGUUACCUAUGAGGGCCGCUUUGCCGGCAGCGUUCCCCCGCCCGCCACAACCACAGUGCUGACCAGCAGUUUGCACCACCAGCAGCAGCCACAGCACCACCAGCAGCACCAGCAACAACAACAGCAGCAUCAUACACAUCCGCAUCCACAGGAUGCCAAGAGCAAUGGAGGAGCCACGCCUCUGUAUGCCAAGGCCAUUACGGCGGCGGGUCUCACGGUGGACCUGCCCAGUCCGGAUUCGGGCAUAGGAACGGAUGCCAUCACACCGCGGGAUCAGACAAACAUACAACAGUCCUUCGAUUACACGGAGCUGUGUCAGCCCGGCACCCUGAUCGAUGCCAAUGGCAGCAUACCCGUGAGUGUGAACAGCAUCCAGCAGCGGACAGUGGUCCAUGGGAGUCAGAAUAGUCCCACGACCUCGCUGGUGGAUACAAGCACAAAUGGAUCGACGCGAUCAAGGCCCUGGCAUGACUUUGGACGCCAAAAUGAUGCAGACAAAAUUCAAAUACCAAAAAUCUUCACAAACGUGGGCUUCCGCUAUCACCUGGAGAGCCCCAUUAGCUCAUCGCAGAGGCGCGAGGACGAUCGCAUCACCUACAUCAACAAGGGUCAAUUCUAUGGGAUAACCCUGGAGUAUGUGCACGAUGCGGACAAGCCCAUCAAGAACACCACCGUCAAGAGUGUGAUCAUGCUAAUGUUCCGCGAGGAGAAGAGCCCCGAAGAUGAGAUCAAGGCCUGGCAAUUCUGGCACAGUCGUCAGCAUUCCGUGAAGCAAAGAAUCUUGGAUGCAGAUACGAAGAACUCGGUUGGCCUCGUUGGCUGCAUCGAGGAAGUGUCGCACAAUGCCAUCGCCGUCUACUGGAAUCCGCUGGAGAGCUCCGCCAAGAUCAACAUUGCGGUUCAGUGCCUCAGCACGGAUUUCAGCAGUCAAAAGGGAGUUAAGGGCCUGCCGCUGCACGUACAAAUCGACACAUUCGAGGACCCCAGAGAUGCGGCAGUCUUCCACCGCGGCUACUGUCAGAUAAAGGUCUUCUGCGAUAAGGGCGCUGAGCGUAAAACACGCGACGAGGAGCGACGGGCUGCCAAGCGAAAGAUGACGGCAACGGGCAGAAAGAAGCUAGACGAGCUUUACCAUCCUGUGACGGAUCGGUCCGAGUUCUAUGGCAUGCAGGACUUCGCCAAGCCACCGGUACUAUUCUCGCCCGCCGAGGACAUGGAGAAGGUAGGUCAGCUGGGAAUUGGGACUGGCACUACAACUACUACUGCUACUACCAAUACUGGCAUGACAUUCAACCCACUGAGCAACGGCAACUCCAACUCCAACUCGCACUCGUCCUUGCAGAGCUUCUACGGCCAUGAGACUGACUCACCGGACCUGAAGGGGGCCUCGCCAUUCCUGCUCCAUGGCCAGAAGGUGGCAACGCCGACGCUCAAGUUCCAUAAUCAUUUUCCGCCCGACAUGCAGACCGAUAAGAAGGAUCACAUUCUGGACCAGAACAUGCUGACCAGCACUCCCCUGACCGACUUUGGUCCGCCCAUGAAGCGUGGCCGGAUGACGCCGCCCACCUCUGAACGGGUGAUGCUGUACGUGCGGCAGGAGAACGAGGAGGUGUACACCCCACUGCAUGUGGUACCACCCACCACCAUUGGCCUGCUGAAUGCGAUUGAAAACAAAUACAAAAUCUCAACAACGAGCAUAAAUAACAUUUAUCGCACAAACAAGAAGGGGAUUACUGCGAAAAUUGACGAUGACAUGAUAUCGUUCUACUGCAACGAGGACAUCUUCCUGCUGGAGGUGCAACAGAUCGAGGACGAUCUGUACGAUGUGACGCUAACGGAGCUGCCAAAUCAGUAGCAGUGGCCGUAGUAGUGAUCACACUACACACGCUCAAAAAAGGAUAACCACAUACACACAGAGACACACAAAUGAAGGACACAAGCAGUUGUUUCAAUAAGCCAUUUUCCAUAGAGCCUAAGUCUAAUUUCGUAGUUGUAAUGGGACACACCGACACACACACUCACGACAAGUUGCUACAGAGAUUUGCGUGAAAUGAGAUUGAAGGAUGAAAAGAGGUUAAGCGCUAAAUAACACGCACAGAAUACACAAUAUGUAAAAUGAUAUACACUUAAAUUCGAAUUAGUUAUCUAGCAACAAUGAAUGAGAUUACUUUAAAAAUUGUUUGAUCAAAUUUAACAUUCUCGCUAUGUCUAUAUAGAUACUCGUAAGCCCUAAUCGUAAUCGAACUGUGUACUUUUCACACAUGCAUGUGUGUGCAGAGUGCCACGGUGUCUGUCCAGUAGGUUUAUAAGUCUCGUUUCCGCUCCCCUGCUUAUGCUAUGACCUUAGGUCCCAGGGCAAGUGAGAGUUACAGAAUCGAAAUCUAUCUAUUAGGUGUAUCCAUCGUUAACUCCCUAGACUAUAGUAUGUGUAAUCCAUUUUAUAUGUUUGGCUUAAGCGUUUUACUUGUUGAGAAUAUAUAUAAAUUGUAAAAUUAUUUUUGAAAAAACCCACACAAAAAACAAAUCGUUUGUUCUAUAUUUCUGUUUCGAAACUAUACCCUACUGUCCCCCGUCUCUUUCUCUUUCUCUGUUAUGUAUAAUUAGGAUCUCUGUACACAAAAAAAAAGAAGAAAUAAUGAGAAAAAAUUGGUAGAAAGACCCCACGCUCGAAGUAAUUAUCCUUAAAACUAGAUAUACGCACAUAGAGAUAAGCGAACACUCUGCAAUAAAACAUGUUGAUAAAAAAUCGUAGUUAAGUCCAAGCUAAGGCAAAAAAAAAAAAAUCUAUACAAAACCACAAAAAAAAAAAUUACGAAAACUUUAAAAAACACUUGUGUGCAUUUGUUGUAAAACAAACAAAAUAUCUAAAGAACAAAAAAUCAACCGAGAAUGUUGAUUCAAAACUAAACAAUAUUAAUCCAACGAAAAAACGCAGCAUUCGUAUGAAUCAUAUCUAUGUAGAAGAUAUAUAUAUAUAUAUGUAUAUGUAUAUGUAUAGGGAUAUAUAACAUGUCGUGUUUACAAUCUUUGUUUGCCAUAAUUAACAGUUUAAUUUAAUUAACGAAAUGUUUUGUGUACAAUGUUAUUUGAAUUCAAGCAGAGACUACACCGCGAGAUUUGCUUGAAACUACGAAUACUCCGCAUCGAUUGCUACAAUUUUUGAACAGUACGAGUUCAAUGCUCAAUAUUAUUAUUAAUUGUUUAUUAAUUGUAUAAUCCCCCCACCUUCAAGUUCCCCCUUAACUCAGCUCAGUUUCAACUCUCCCACACUUAACAAUAAUGCUCUUUACUCUACCCUCUACUCUCUCCUUUUUUUUGCGAGGGGGAAAUUCAAAACAUUUUCCACUCGACUUUUCCGGUGUUGUACAUCACAAUUUGUUUUUAAUUUUAGCCCUUAAUUCUUAACGUACUAUUCAAGAUUACAACAAUAUUAUGAUAUGAAUUGAGAAGAAGAUAAGAUAUAUAUGAAAUGAUGAUGAUGAAUCGAAAAUCUUGCCUGCAUGUUAUAAUUCUAUAUGUUUAGUUAUCGUAUAACCCUUAAGUUCUACGCUCUUUCUAUAUAUGUUUGUAUACAAAACACAUAUACACAUAUAUUUUAAAAGCCAAUAAUUUAUUUUUGUUACUGUUGGAAACGAUUCCGCGAAAAUAGAAAAGCAAAAAAACAAAAAAAACACACAAAAAAAAGAGAGAAACGUCAAAAUGCAACUGAGAACAAGUGAAGCUCCAUGAAUCGUGGAAGAAAUGCAUAUGUCCAGCUUGAGAAAUUAUAAAAAAAAAGAGACA